GAGCAACUGGAAGAUGAAGUGCGCAUCCUCUGUUGGAUAAUGACCAACCCCGCUAAUCACAAGACGAAGGCCAUGGACGUGCUUCGAACCUGGGGCACGCGUUGUAAUUGUUUGAUAUUCGUAACCUCCGAGUAUACUGCAGAAUUGGAUGAAACAUUUGUUCUGCAAAAUUUCACUGAUACCCACGAUGUUUUAUGGGUGAAAACGAGAAGAGCUUUUAAGCAUGUUUAUGAAAAAUAUGCUAAUAAGAUGGAUUGGUUUAUGAAAGCAGAUGAUGACACGUAUGUGUUCGUAGAAAAUUUGCGCUAUUUACUCUAUGCAUAUAGUCCGGAUAUGCCUAUCUAUUUUGGACACGACUUUAAGUAUGCGUACCAAGUAAAAAAUCACUACAUGUCUGGCGGUGCGGGAUAUGUCUUAAGCCGUGAAGCGCUGCAUCGUUUUGUUAAUGCAGCAAUGCCAAAUAGUGAUUUAUGUCCACCUGAGGAUAAGCUUAUAGCCGAAGACUGGGCAAUCGGCAUGUGCUUACGCUCUGUGGGUGUGCUGCCUGGAGACUCACGUGAUGCAUACAAUAAACUGCGUUUCAUGCCUCUUGAACCACAUACUCUCUUAAUUGGAAACUAUUUUGAUGACGCAUUUUGGUAUUUCUCAUAUGAAAUCUAUCAUCCGCGAGUGUGUCAAAAUUGUUUAUCAAAACACGCGAUCUCUUUUCACUAUAUGACAAAGGAGGGUAUGUAUUUAACUGAUUUCUUCAUGUAUCAGUUCAAAUUAUAUGAACCGGAAGAGAAGGAAGUCCUGCCAAAGAAAUUACGUUUGGAUGAAGUAAAGAUACCAAUUCCAUUCAAUGCAUGGGAUAUAACUGUAAAUUAG